AUGAGAUUGUGUGGUAAAUAUGGGAUCAGAUCAAAAGAAAAUCCGAAUUUCAAGAAUGCAGUUGAAUCACCACCACAACCACCACCACCAUCUUCUAUAAGCACUUGUGGAUGUGUCUGUGGAGAAGGUGUAUCAGACAAGACAUGUCAACCCACUCUGAGUCAAAAUGAACAAUUCCCUCUCCCAGACGCUCGCGACCUUCAUCAUCCGUCUUCUACACACUCAUGGCAUAAAUCAAUGAAGAAGAGAAUACAUCGAUCUGUUGGUUGUUUUGGAUUCAAACGCCCUCCACUUUCAAAUACAACAUUCCCCCAUGAAAAGGUAGAAUGGGGAAAUGGAACAAUUCCUGACUACAAUUUAGAAUGUCAAAAACUUGUUAAAACUCAACAGGCACCAAUAUUUCCUAAUAAUCAUAUAUGGAAUGAUAAAAGCUGUUCGUUUUCAACUGCCGCCUAUUCAGCGAACAAAUAUGGUGUAGACCAGAGCGGUACAGCGGCGUAUACAGCGUCUGAUGAUAUCAUAACCGGUGGUAAGACGACCGCCGUACCGGAAUAUAGUUACAACAAAACCUGUAGACAACGUUCCACAGAUAUUUUUAGUGCUUCUGUAAAUUAUGCUUUAUCAAGGCCUAAAUCCUGUUUAAAUAAUUCCGCUGAUGUUCAACGACCACUAGAACAUUACGAACAAGAAAAAAUUGUUAACCCUGCUGUCGAUUCAAACGCCAAGUUGGCGAAAAUUGGAAACCAACUAGAUGGCAAACUAGAUAAUAAACCUAAUUUCCAGUGCAAUAAUAAUCAGAGUUACAGUUCCAGUGAUGCAUUUAAUAAAGAUAUUCACCAUUAUUCCUCAGCAUCCUCCAUACAGUACUCCAAAGAGUCUGCUCCUGUUGUUAUCAAUAAAUGUUCAGAAGAAAAAGUAGUUCCUGAAUCAUCAUUUCCUAAUAAUUCUUCUUCUAUACGGCGAUUACAACACAUCAAUACAACAUCUGUUAAGUCUGUUAAUCCGGAGUCGGCAGUUAAUCCUUGUCAUCCAGUAGCAGCAGUAUCGCCUGAUGUAGGAAAUCCUGCUUAUUUCUAUUUAGCUAAUGAACACCGAGAACUGCUUCAAGACGUACAGGCAACAAAAAUUAUUCUUUUACACUUAAAACGACUACUCAUUGAGACACCAGUUCCUGAAACAGAUAGUCUUUCGUCUACUGCACCACUGAAGAAAUAUGACUUUAAAGAUGUAUCACAUUCAGCAUCUAGAUUGCCUUCGUAUUCCUGUUCUCAAAAUGAUAAUCAGUUUCUGUUAUCUUCAGAUGGUCAAUCAUCAUUAUUAUUAUCAUCGUCACCAUCAAUUUACACUAAGCCACCAGUCAAUCGAACUGGACUUGAAGAGUUAAUUGAAGGUCUUGCUCAACUCAACCAUAAAAAUUCAGAAGCUGUAUGCUGCAGAUAA